AUGUUCAGAUCAUCACCAUUUCAUUCCAGAAACUCUUCAGACACAACUAAUACUAAAAGGGCUAAUCGUCCAAGAACAUCAUCAACACCGCCACCAGUGUCACCACUAUCACCAACCGCACGUCGACCAUUAAUGCUGCAUCAUUAUUCAUUCUCACUAUCUAGUAGUCCAUCAACACCAAAACAAAUGUCAUCACCAUUUCUAGAAUAUCCACCACCAUCCCCGAAUGCAACAUCCACAACACCAAUGACAACAAUACAGAAAUACACAUUUGAAGAACCUGACUUAUCAACCUUACCAGUUAUUGGAAUUGAUUAUAAGAAAGCAUCAUCAAAACCAAUAUACGAAGGUGCAAAUGGUAUACUUUUAAAGGGAACCGAUUCAUCAUUAGUUAAAUUCUUUAUAUUAAAACGAAUUAAAAAACAUCAAGAAGAUCAAACUGAAUCACAAUAUAAACAUGCUGUUUAUCGAGAACUUAAUAAUGUUAAAAAUUGUCAUCAUAAAAAUAUAAUCCCGGUGAUUUCAUUAGCUACAAUACCUGAUUCCCUGGAAUUAGUGAUGAUAUUACCAUAUUAUGAAAAGGGGGAUUUAUUAGAUUACUUGUCAACAUUAAGAAGAUUUAAAAUUGAAUUAUCAUCAAAUAUGAAAGAUGCAAUAUUUAAACAAAUAUUAAAUGGAGUUAAAUAUCUUCAUUCAAAACAAAUUGUUCAUCGUGAUUUAAAACCAGAGAAUUUCUUAAUUGAUUCAGAUGGAAUUAUAAAAAUAAGUGAUUUUGGUUAUAGUAUUCAUAUUGGUGAUGAUGAUAAUCAAUAUAAACAAGAUUUAUUGGCACUGCCACGAGAAUUUUAUUGUGGAACUCCAAGUUUUAAAGCUCCUGAAUUAUUUCAAAUUGAACAGGAUAUAAAAGAAAACACAUUCGAUUUCUCCCAAUUCUUAGAUUCAACAACUUGUAUUGAUUAUUUCAAACAAGUUGAUUAUUGGGCAUUAGGGAUUGUAUAUUUUCAAAUCUAUCUUAUGAAAUCACCUUGGAAAGAUGCAAAUUUAUUAAACCCUUUGAAUAUUCCUUUUAUUCAAUAUACAAAUCAUUAUCCAAAUAUUCCUGGGAAAGUAGACGCUUAUAUUAUUGAAUUAAACAAAAAGGAAGAUAAUUUUAAAGUAAAUAAUCCAGCAAUGAGUUUAUUUAAAAGUUUACAUUAUGAUUCAAGAAGAGCCAUUUUAGGAUUAUUAAAUCCUAAGCCAGAAGCAAGAUUAACUCCCCUGGAAUUAUUGAAUACAAAAUGGUUAAUGGAAGUUUAUGCUAAUCCAAAAGAAUUAGUGAAAUUAUUACAAAAGAAGUAA